ACUCCAACCGUAACUGUAACUGUAGCUGUAGCUUUAGUGUAUGUGUUAUCACAUGAAACUUGAAGCUUCCUCUCUUUUCAAUAAACAACACAUAUUCUUGAGCAACUCUCUUUGUCCAUCUCGGCCCUUUUUCAACACGCUCAUUCGAUCCUACGUACGAGUCAACAAGGCUGUACUGGAUUUAUAGUGCACGCAGAUGGCACCGCCGAUAACGCCGCCGAAGCCCGUCUGCGGGGAGCAGAGGCCUCAAGCACGUGAAAGAAGGUCGAUGAGCUACGAGUUUGUGCUUGAGGAUGAAUUCGACGCGCUGUGAGUGGAUCCUGGGGUCUUAUACUCUCAUUUAUCUGGUAUAAUGCUCAUAUCACUGACUCGAGCUCUGUGAUAGAUGUGUUGAGGUAAAGAAGAGUGACGAUGACUGCGGCGGUAAAAGCAGCAGUGGUAAUAAGUAUCCCGCAAAACUCCAUGCGCGCAAGGUCGUCAAAGAGCUCGGCGUUACUGAUGGACUCCUCUAUCUUCCUGGCGAGCCUACACGCCUCUAUGAAGACUCAGACCAGUCGCCUCCUUUCAAGCAACGCAGAUAUUUCUAUUACCUGACUGGCGUUGACUUUCCCGACUGUGCCGUUACUUACGAAAUCGCCAUGGAUCGUCUCACCCUCUGGAUUCCAUACGCCGAGCCGCGACAGGUCUUGUAUCACGGCCCAACUCCUGACGCAGCAGAGUCUAUGCGUAAAUACGACGUCGAUGAUGUUCGAUACACCGCUCAAUUGUCCAAAUUUCUUCAUGGUCAACUUCGUCCUGAGAAGACUCUCUAUGUCCUUCAUUCUGAUCAGGCUCCUAAGUUGACUGAUCGACCUCGAGGACAGACCCAGAUCAACUGCUCCAAGCUGCGACCUGCCAUGGAUGAGGCCCGUGUAAUUAAGACGGAAUAUGAAGUUGCACUCAUCCGUCGCGCUUCACGUAUCUCUGCCGCUGCUCAUCGUGCCGUGGCUGAGCGUCUCCUUACUAUGCGCAAUGAGCAAGACGUCGAGGCAGUUCUUCUUGCCGCUUGUACUUCGCGUGGUGCUCACGCCCAGGCAUAUCCUAUUAUUGCUGGCGCUGGUGUCAAUGCUUCGAUUCUACACUACGGAGCCAACAACCAGCCUCUCGAGGGCAAGCAACUGAUCGUUGUCGACGCUGGCUGUGAGUACCAAUGUUACGCCAGCGACAUCACCCGUACUCUUCCUGUCAGUGGUUCCUUUUCUAAGGAGGCCUCCGCGAUCUACUCUAUUGUGCAGCGCAUGCAGGAAGAGUGCAUAGCACGUGUUCGACCCGGCACUGUCUACUACGAACUUCAGCUCCAUGCCAGUGACGUAGCUCUCCAGGGCUUGCGCAAGUUGGGUCUUCUGAAAGGCAACUUUGAGGAGAUCCAAAAGGCGGGAACCGUCGCUGCUUUCUUCCCCCACGGUCUCGGUCAUCACGUUGGUCUUGAGGUCCACGAUGUCACUGGCUAUGAGCGUCUCCUGAUGAGAGAUAACUUCCACGUCGAGGGUGGUAAGCGUGAGAUGGUAACUGCCACGGCUCUGGUGGCAAUGCAUCGUAUGGCUUCGUCUUCUCCACCUACAAAGCCAAGACAGUCUCUUCAGCCCAACAUGAUUGUGACAAUCGAGCCAGGAAUCUACUUCUGCCGUCCUUUUAUUGAGGGAUACUUCCUGAACAACCCGUCACAUGCCAAGUUCAUUAACAAAGACCUCCUCGAGACAUACUACCCAGUUGGUGGUGUUCGCAUCGAAGAUGACAUCCUCGUCACACCCGGUGGCUAUGAGAACUUGACCUCUGCUGCCCCCAAGGGUGACGAGAUGCUGGAUGUGAUCAACGGCAGCUUUGAGAAGAUUUAAUGACGCUAUGAAUGCUUGCAUUUGGCUAUGAAACUGUCGGCGAGCAAGGCAAGCGAGUCUGAAAUGUUUAGUGUUUGAAUGCGUGGAUGUUUAUGGGUGGUCCGGGAGUGGUCUAAUGACAUUGAGUAACUGGUCCAGGUAAUGAGAAUGAGUCUUGGAUACAUAGUCUUUCAGAUUUGCAAUAUUGAUUUAUGAUUUUUUUUUUAAUCAUCAUGCUCAUUUCUUUUGCCAA